GGGUGACAUGUAAUUUUACGUCACUAAAGUGAAAUUGUUUUGAUCUAAAAAUGUAUUUAAAAGCAAGGGCAGUUUAUCUAUCGUGUAAUCUAUUUAUAAUCACAUUUGUUAAUAUUGUACAAGCAGAAUGGAAUACCAAAGAUUUCAUGAAACGGGAGCAUUCCCUAAUAAAACCAUAUUACGGCUCUGGAUUAGAUAUACCGUUUUGGCAGUUUACAGGAACGACAAUAGUUACCCCUAAUUAUAUUCGACUUACAGAUGAUACUCAAAGUAAAAGAGGAGCUAUAUGGAAUACGGUGCCUGUAAACGUUCGAAAUUGGGAAAUGCAAGCACAUUUUAAAGUACACGGGAAAGGUAAAGAUUUGUUUGGAGAUGGAUUUGCAAUUUGGUACGCUAAAGAACCAUUGAUUGAAGGACCAGUAUUUGGAAGUAAAGAUUACUUCCAAGGAUUGGCCAUUAUUUUAGAUACUUAUAGUAAUCAUAAUGGCCCCCAUAAUCAUCAACAUCCUUAUAUAUCUGCAAUGGUUAACAAUGGUUCUUUGACGUACGAUCAUGAUAGAGAUGGAACCCAUACUCAGUUGGCUGGUUGUGAGGCUAAAUUUAGAAAUGUUGAUCAUGACACUCAUAUAGCAAUAAGAUAUGAAAAAGAUGUUCUAACCGUCUCUACCGAUUUGGAAAAUAAAGCCGCUUGGAAAGAAUGUUUCCAAGUUAAAGGUGUUCGUUUACCUACAGGAUAUCAUAUUGGUUUAUCAGCCACAACAGGUGAUCUAUCUGACAACCAUGACAUUAUGUCAAUAAGACUUUUUGAAUUGGAUCUUCCUGAUGAUCCACAACCAGAGGAAGAUAGAUCGAACAUUGUUCCAUCAGCAACAUUUUUUGAGCCUCCAAGAGAUCAUGUUCCAGAUCCAAAACCUUCAUCACUUUCGGGUAUAAAAAUAUUUUUCCUUAUGCUGUUUGGAAGCAUUGCAAUUGUAGCUUGUGUGGUACUGGGUAUUAUGUUUUAUCAGAAACAGCAGGAAAAGAGUAGGAAAAGGUUCUACUAAGUCAAUUUGGUUGUGGGGAUUAUACAGACGAUAAUAGUUUUAGUUUCUCGGGUCUUUAUUAUUUUUUUAAUUGAUUUUAAAUAUAUCAUUUAGUAUAUACAUUUCUGACUGAUAAUCGUAGGAUUAAAGGUAUGUUAUACAAUUAUCAAAUAAUACAAAUAUUUAUACAUUUUUCUAAUAUAUAUACACUAGUGUAUAAUUAUUGUUUUUCUUUAAUAAUGACUUGAUAAAAAUUCAUAUUAAUUUCAACCUCUAUUUCAACAUCAUAAUGGAAUUGUCAAUAAAGCUAAAAGAUAGCCUUUAUUUUAUCAGUUUAUAGACUUAUCAACAGUGGUGAAUGUGUCAUGAAGGAAAUUUUUAUUUUUUCUGUAUCAAAUGACAUACAGAAAAUGAAAAAGAGAAGUUACCACUCACUAAAAUAAUAUUUUAGAACAGGGCGACAACUUAUAUAGGUAUUUAAUUUCCUGGUCAAGCAUUUUUUUUAAACUUUGGUUGAUUAAAUUAAUUUACUACUGAAUUCUUAUAUUCAUCGACCUUAUGUACCCUACUGGAAAAAAUUAAGGAAGCAACAGAAAAUUUGAGGUUUUUUUGUGAUUUUUGACAGUUUAUCUCAGUAAAAAAUAGUCGUAUCGAGAUAAAAAAAAAGCAGUUUUAAGCUUCAAGUCUCUAGUUUGAAGGUAUUUUGACAAAAAAAUUUUUUGAGUUCCUGUUAUUACACAAUCUUAGGAAAUAGUGCGAGAAAAAAAUUUUCUAUUUUUUUUUUAAUUUUAACAGUCCACGGGCUCAGGGAAAUCUUUUUCACUUAGACUGUGCAUAGGUCUGUUGAUCUUUUAACUUUAAUCAAAUAAAAGCUGAAUAAUCAGGCUAACUGAUCUAUGCAUCAGUCUAAAUGAAAAAAAUUUCCUGAUCCCAUUCAAAUUAAAUAAAAAAAAUUGGAAAUUUGUUUCUCACGCUAUUUCCUAUGAUUGCGCAAUAACCGGAGCUCAAUUUUUUUUUUUUUUUUUUUUCUUGAAACUAGACAUGAAGCUUCAAACUUAUUUUUAUCUCGAUACAACCAUUUUUGAGAGACAGCAUGUCAAAAAUCACUAAAAAUUUUCUGAUUUUUUUCCCUUAAUUUUUUCCAGUAGUGAAUAUUAUUUUUUAACCUCUUAACUGGUUAUGAUGGAUAUAAACACGAAUUUAUAAUCUUUUACAAAUAUAUUCACUUGCACCCACUCUUAAAAUCACAAUAUGUCGUAAAUGAUGUAAAAUAGUCCAGAUAUUUUAUAAAAUGGUCUGUGUUCAAAGCAGUUAAUAUUUGUCCUUUAAGAGGGUUGCAACACGUUUAAAAAGUGAUGUAUAUAGAGCGUUGUUCAUCUUUUUCCCUCUGGUAUGGUUAAAACAUACUAUUGCAAGUGAAAAUAUACAGUGGGCAUGAUGGAUAUUUAGGUAUCAUGUAUUACCACAUUAUGAAUAUAAUGCAUGCCAGUUAAGAGGUUAAUUUUCAAAACAAGUGUCAAAGGCCAAAAACCUAAAUUAACCACUGAUUGAAAAGAAAUAGGCAGCUGCGAUUACAAUUACAGUACAAUCUCACUAAUCCGGCACCAUUAAAAACCUAAGAGUGCUGGAGUACUGGAAAAUUCGGAUUAAUGGAAAAUGUAUAAUAUGUAAACAGUAUUAAAUUAAAAAACGUUACUUUUAAUUGUUUAUUAACAAAGAGAUUGGUACAUAGAUACAUACAUAUUAUAGUUGUGUAUGCAUAUAUGUGUAUAUUGUAAUGUUUUUAUGUUUCUGUAAAAUAAUCUUUCAACUAAACUAUAACUGUAUAAACUGUAUUCUUCAAGAAUAGUAAACAAACGCGGAAAAAAUAACGCCGGAUUACUGGUCGUGCCGGUGUAGUGAAGUGCCGGAUUAUAGAGAUUAUACUGUAUUACGUUUAAGUUCUGUUAUUAAUGAAAAACAUAAGUCAUAUUUAUUUCAUCUGGUUGGUGAAAGUCGGGUGAGUAGUAUCAAAGUGUAAAAGUGACCUGUGAAGUUCAUUUUUUUUUCUUUGUUAUCAGAACUCAGAUUAAUCGUAUUUUCUUGGAAAAAGUAAAGGAGUCCAGAUUAAAAAUGUCAUAAUAAAUAAGUAAAUCUUGUUUUAAUGCAUUUGCAUUGCAUGCAUUUGAAGGAACAGGUAAUAUAUGGGUUUUACCCAUUUUCGCUUUCUCUCGAUCCUCUUUUUAUAAGUAUAUAGUGUGCACUCUUUCAUCUAACCAUCCAGAUGAAAUUGAUUGAGCUAUACAAUCUAUUUUAUUUCUAUUUCAUAUAAUAUAUAAAAGCUCAAAAGACGUGUAUCUGCAUCUUGAAAAAAUAUUUUGGCAUUGAAAGAGCUAAUAAAAUUUACUCUCAAUAAAGAAUCCUUUCUAGUACAGGACAUCGGACACAAUACAAAUUUUAUCUUGUCUGAAAUAUAAAGGAAUGUAUGUAUAUAUCAUGUCAAGGUUUACAAAUGUACAAGCAAUUUAAUAUAGUAAAUAUAAAAAUAAAUGAAGUUCAUAUAUUUUUUAUUAAAUAGACUAAAAAUGCACAUAUUUGAAAAGUAUGCUCAAAAUUGCUCAAUUUUUUUUAAAGUUGUAGCAAUUUUUUUAUGUAAAAUGUUAUUCUAUUCUCCUUGGCUGGCCUAAUCGACUUCUUAACUGAAUUAAAGGUUAGUUGUGCAAGGAAAAACCUUGAAUGUUUGUGCUAAAGUUCAUCGACCUUUCUUCGACAUUAAUUCAAACAUAAAAUUAAUAAAAAAUAAACUAAUCGAAUCAAGACAUGCUACAUUUUUGAGAAGUCUCUUACAUCCAAUUACGAGAUCAGCGACAAUAUUGCUUCAAUUAAUUUUAAGUACCUAGUAUGACCAUGUGCCAAGUAAAAAUGGGUGAAGUUUUUCCAUGAAACAUUCAAUUUUAAAUGAAAAAUGUCUGUCCAUGGUUUUUUUGUUAGGUUCAUGGCAAAAUUCAAUAAUUUUUAUUUUAUAUUAAAAUAAAAAUCUUAGUGGAACACGUCACAAUUUUUUUUACCGAUUUAAUUUUUUCAACAUUAUAUAAAUAAGUAAUAGAAAAACAAUGCCAACUUGAUUUGCAAAUUUCCAUUAAUUGAGAAAUUUAAAUUUUUUAAAACUAUCUUCUAUUUCAAAAAAAAAACUCGAAAAAACCUUUUAAUUUUUAAAAAUAUUGUCACAUACUUGCAGACCCGACAAUGAAUCUGAUUUAUUUUGAUUAAAAAAACAGUGCUAACACGAUAAUUUUUAAAUAAUUGACACCUCAGAUUACAGCAGAUUUAGUUAGUAAUUACAAUUUUGAGGAAGUUAUUUUCCAAAUAUGUGCAUUAUUUAAAAAAAAUGUAUUUUUUACUUACUGUGUUCAUGGCCUGUAAACCUAUAAAUGGGGACAGUUGUAAAUAGCAAAGUUCUUCAUAACAAAUUUGUCAGUUGCAGUAGUAAACUAGCUCUUUGAGGCUGAAAAGUAUUUGUUAUUUUUUUUACCUUAUUUAUAUUUUCAAUAAGUGAAAAGUUAUUUGUUAUCGAUGUUGGUCAUACAUAAUAAGGUACUAUUUAAUGGUUCGCAAAAUGUAAAACAUUUUUAUUUGCUAUAAAUGGUGCAGAUUAAAUUUUUUCUAUUUUUGUAUUACGAUAUUGUUAAAAAUAACUAUUAUGUAAUAACUACUAUUGAUUAUGUUAUUGCAUGAGAAUAUACAUCACUAUUUAUCAGGAAGAUAAUGUAAUGUUAUUUUAUGAAAAUACAUAUAACAUAUUUUGAAACUCUA